GAGUCGAGGUUAGACUCUGGUCCCAGUGUUGAAGUCACCCAGAGAGAGAGAGAGGAAGAGAGUUCAAGGGGGGCCAUGUCGACCGACCUUCCGGACUCGGGGAUGUUCGAGGUGGGGGGCAUGCAGUUCCUCUCUCCGCUCUGCACCCCGGAGUCCGUGCGGCGGGUUCGCUCGCUGCCCGUGCGGGAUGACGACGUCUUCAUCGCCACCUACGCCAAGUCCGGCACCACGUGGAUGCAGGAGAUUGCGAGCCUGCUCCUGAGCGACGGGGACUUGGAGGCGGUGGCGACGUCGUGCACCUGGCAGAGGGCCCCCUACCUGGAGGGCGCCUUCAGGCAACAUCAGCUCGAGCUGCAGCCCUCGCCCCGGCUCAUGACCACGCACCUGCAGAUCCACCUGGCGCCGCAGCAGCUCACAGAGGGCGGCAAGGGCAAGGUCAUUUACUUGGCGAGGCAUCCCAAGGACACACUGGUGUCCUUGUACGAGUUCUCCAAGAUCUCCUGCCACAUUCCGGACCCUGGCGAUUUCAAAACAUACAUUGAGAUAUACCUCGAAGAUCAAGCGAAAGUCAACGCUGAGACGUGGUUCAAGCACGUGCGUGAAUGGUACGAGAUGAGACACAAGGCCAACAUUCUUUUCAUGACUUUCGAAGAGAUGAUCAAGGACCUGCGAGGCAGCGUGCUGCGCGUGUCGCGCUUCCUCGACCGGCCGCAGGACGACUCCACGAUUGACUCCAUCGUCCACCACUGCUCCUUCGCCUCCAUGAGGGUCAACAAGAUGACCAACUACGAGGCGAUGCCCGCGGGGUUGGUGGACUUGAGCAAGGGGCCCUUCAUGAGGAAAGGCACCGUGGGAGACUGGAAGAACUACUUUACUGUGGAGCAGAGCGAGAGGUUUGACGAGCUGUACGCGGAGAAGAUGAGAGGCUGCGGCCUCACCUUCCCCAAUGACCUCAGCGAACUCUAGCAGACGGCCCACAGACGCCGGGAGCCUGGGUUCGAGCCCUGGGCCUGGGUGUCUCUCUCUCUCUCUCUCAUGAUGGCCGUGUGAGGGAUGGACAUGAGAGUUCUGUUAGCCUUCCAAUCAGUCGCACUACAGCUCCAAACCUCGUAGUGGUGAUUGGACGAGAGGGAUGCGUGUCGGGAAUUGGCGCCUCGAUGUCUACAAUAACAACACCACGUGAGGCUGGGGGCUGGGGGCGAAGCCGGGGAUGGUCUAAUUGAUGAAGGGAAAUUGGUUCGGGGAUAAAGGCAAAGAGCGUGGGGAGAAACGGGGGUUGGUUGGAGCCUGGGACAAGAGACGGACAGAGGAAGAGACGGAGCAGUGGACAAGAGAGUAUAGUAUACGGUAGCAGUGGACAGAGAGAGCUAGUAUACGGUAGCAGUGGACAGAGAGUAUAGUAUACGGUAGCAGUGGACAAAGAGAGUAAAGUAUACGGUAGCAGUGGACAGAGAGUAUAGUAUACGGUAGCAGUGGACAGAGAGAGAUAGUGUACGGUAGCAGUGGACAAGAGAGUAUAGUAUAUGGUAGCAGUGGACAGAGAGAGAUAGUGUACGGUAGCAGUGGAUACAGAGAAUACAGAUAGAGUAGCAGUGGACGGAGCGAGUACAGUAUAGGGUAGCAGCGGAGUAACGGACCUUGGUGGAGAAGCUGCGACGGAGUGAGAUGGCAGAGCGAACAAAGAGCGACCGAGCUGGAGAGAGAGAGCAGAGAGGGAGGUCCGCUGGAGGAGAGGAGCAGAGGGAGAGCGAGCGGAGCCAGCGGAGCGAGCGGACGGAAGGACAUUGAGUGAUGUUGAUGGGGAGUUGUGCGUGGGAGAGAACGGAGCGACAUGGAGUGAUGUUGAUGGGGAGUUGUGCGUGGGAGAGAACGGAGGCACAUGGAGUGAUGUUGAUGGGGAGUUGUGCGCGGGAGAGAACGGAGGGACAUGGAGUGAUGUUGAUGGGGAGUUGUGCGCGGGAGAGAACGGAGCGACAUGGAGUGAUGUUGAUGGGGAGUUGUGCGUGGGAGAGAACGGAGAGACAUGGAGUGAUGUUGAUGGGGAGUUGUGCGCGGGAGAGAACGGAGCGACAUGGAGUGAUGUUGAUGGGGAGUUGUGCGCGGGAGAGAACGGAGCGACAUGGAGUGAUGUUGAUGGGGAGUUUUGCGUGGGAGAGAACGGAGAGACAUGGAGUGAUGUUGAUGUGGAGUUGUGCGCAGGAGAGAACGGAGCGACAUGGAGUGAUGUUGAUGGGGAGUUGUGCGUGGGAGAGAACGGAGAGACAUGGAGUGAUGUUGAUGGGGAGUUGUGCGCGGGAGAGAACAAAGCGAAAUGGAGUGAUGUUGAUGGGGAGUUGUGCGCGGGAGAGAACGGAGCGACAUGGAGUGAUGUCGAUGGGGAGUUGUGCGUGGGAGAGAACGGAGGGACAUGGAGUGAUGCCGACGGAGGAGAUGUGAACUGUACGCGAUAAUAAAGAACCGAGAAAGACAAAGAAGCUGUCACGUCAGUACGAGUCC